UUUUAGUUUUUAAAUAUAAUGUAAUAAAAAUGAAAAUUAUAAUCUACAUGUUGUUUAUUAUUCAAAUAAUAUUGUUCACUACUUGUCAUGGUGCAAAAAAAUCUAAAUCAGGUAUUGAAACCACUGAAUACAGCUGGUAUCAUUCUAAGUACAAGGAUGCAGAUAGUUGUCUAUGUCAGCUUACUGGAAAGUUAGAAGAUUGUUGCUGCACUAUAGAAGAUGUAGAAGCAAUUAACAGUAACCAUAUUUAUUCAAAGCUUGUUGAUAUCAUUAGCCACAACUACUUUAGAUAUAUAAAAUUAAAUCUGCAUCGUGGUUGUCCAUUUUGGCAGGAUUGGGGAAAAUGUGCAAUCAAAAAUUGCAAAGUAGAUACUUGUUCUGAUGAGGAGUUACCUCCAGGAUUAAAAGAUGUUCAUAAUAUUUGUUCUAAAGAAAAUAAAUAUGGAAAAGAUAGUCAGAAUAGCAAGGAUACAUGUUUUAAGGAUUUUUCAAAUGUUGCAUCGAAUAGUGAAGAGCUAUGCUCCGUUGGAAAAGAAAAAACCCUUGGUGAUAUCGAUAAAACUAUAAGUGACCAACAAAAAGAACAUUUCAAAGGAUGGUCUAAUUAUGAUGCAGAUACUAGCUUCUGUGUAGAUUUAGAGGAUGAUGUUGACAACAGUAGCUGGAUUGACUUGACCAUUAAUCCGGAACGCUACACAGGUUAUCAGGGCAAAGAUGCUAAUCGAAUUUGGAUGAGUAUUUAUAAAGAAAACUGCUUUUUACCAGAGAACUCUCCACGAAAUUAUGAAGAAUUUAAAGCAAAGUUUUUAUCAAAGACUUGCAUUGAAAAGCGUGUUUUUUAUAGAACUGUUUCCGGUUUACAUGCUAGCAUCAGCAUUCAUUUAAGCUAUAAAUAUUUAUUGCAAAAAAAAAGUCUCCUUGAAAAUGAAGUAUGGGGUCCAAAUAUAAAAGAGUUUAAAAAACGUUUUGAUGCAGCACAUACCAAUGGCAAUGGCCCUCACUGGCUUAAGAAUGUUUUUUUUACAUAUUCUGUUGUGCUACGUGCUGUAAUAAAAGCAACACCAUACUGGAAAGAAGCAGUUUUUUAUACAGGAAACUCAACAUCUGAUCUCAAGUUAAAAGAACAGAUAUUAGAUUUCAUCAAUAGUACAAGAGCUUGUCCUAGCACUUUUGAUGAAAGUGUGAUGUUUACUGGAGACCCUGAGCAAGCAGCAAAAUUAAAGGAGGAGUUUCGUCUUCAUUACAAAAAUAUUACAAGAAUUAUGGAUUGUGUUGGAUGUGAACGGUGUCGUCUCUGGGGGAAAUUACAGACAACUGGCAUCGGAACUGCGUUAAAGAUUUUAUUUUCUUCAUCCAAGUGGGACGUUGUGCCUGUUAUUAACGGAAAAAAGUUCUCUUUAACCCGCACAGAAACUGUAUCAUUAUUUCAAGUUCUAUCUAAAUUAUCAGCUAGCGUGCAAAUUAUAUCUGAGUUCAAAAACCACGAUAAAUGAAAAAAGCGCAAUAUAAACUGGAGUUGGGCAUGUAGGAUGAAUUUAGAAGUUUGAUGGCGUAUUCAGGAAAUACCAAAUCAAAUUUAAAUUUAAAAAUUAUUUUAGUAUUAUUUAUUAUUAAAACGUUACAAAAAUGUUUUAUCUAUUGUUAAACUAUUUGAUACAACUUUUAACUGACUUUCUUUA